CGAAUGCGCAUACAAACAUAACCACUACAUGUGAAUUUUCGCUUUCGAACGUAAGGCGGGAAGCGAUCUUAGCGGGGAAAGCAGUGUCCUGGGUAUAAAAUCAGUUACACCAUGGGGGGAAUCAUCCAGUGAAGUCUGGACUGCGACUUGAUUGCAACACAUCUUUUAUAAUGAAAAUUUUGCUCCUGACGCUAUUUCUAGGGCUGUUCGCCCUGGCCCUGAGCGAAAAGGAAAGCCCCAAGGAAGCGGAGAAGAAAGUCUCAGUGAACGCUGAAGACGGAAGUAAAAAGCAGGAAAAACGAGGUCUCUACGGUUUGGAGGGCGGUGACGGAUACGGAAGUUACUACGGAGGAGGAGGAGGAGGUGGUGGUGGUGGUGACGAUUAUAGCAGCGGCGGUGGUGGUGGUGGUGACUAUGGCGGCAGCCACGGUUGGGAACCAAGUGGCGGCGGACACCAGGAAGAUCACGGAAAAAUCAAACUAAUAACAAUCGAAAAAACCGUCAAAGUACCAGUGCCCGUCGAGAAAACAGUCCACGUACCAGUCGAGAAGCACGUGCCCUAUCCGGUCAAAGUCCACGUUCCCCAACCCUACCCCAUUGAAAAACACAUUCCCGUCCCCUACAAAGUUUACGUGAAAGUCCCAGUGCACAUUCCCCAACCCUAUCCCGUCGAGAAGAAAGUCGGCUAUCCCGUCCACGUGCACGUCGAACGUCCCGUGCCCUACAAAGUCUACGUCCCCGCCCCCUAUCCCGUCGAGAAGGAAGUUCACUAUGCCGUCAAAGUGCCAGUCCCCGCCCCCUUCCCCGUCGAGAAACCAAUUCCCUAUCCAGUCAAAGUCCCCAUCCACGUUCCCCAACCAUUCCCCGUCGAGAAAAAGGUCCACUAUCCCGUGAAGGUUCCCGUCGAACGUCCCUAUCCCGUCCACAUCUCGAAACCAUAUCCGGUUCCGGUAGAAAAGAAAGUUCCCUACAUUGUCGAGAAGAAGGUGCCCUAUCCAGUGAAGGUACAUGUGGAGAAACCGGUACCGUAUCCAGUGGAUAAACCAGUUCCUGUGAAGGUUAAGGUGCCAGUACCGGCGCCCUAUCCAGUGGAGAAGGAGAUUCCGGUUAAGGUCUACAAGGAGGUUCCGUAUCCGGUUAAGGUACCAGUGGAACGACCAGUGCCGGUUCAUGUGACGAAACAUGUUCCCGUUCCAGUUCACAAGCCAGUUCCGUACGCGGUUAAAGUGCCGGUACCUGUUCACAGUCAUGGGCAUCAUGAGGAUAUUGGUUCCAGUUAUGAGGGACACUAUGAGUCCAGUUUUGGCGGUGGGGGUGGUGGACAUUCCGAGCAUGACGCUUCUGAAUUUGGAAGUUAUUGAAGAAUUGAGUGACGGUUGCCAUUGAGAUCGUUUUGAAGGAGGGGAAAAAUAGGAAAAACAAGUGUAAUACUCGAUUUUUUUUUCUUCAUGAGAACGUCAUGUAAGAAUGAAAACUGCCCUGUGAUAAUUUUGUCAAGGUAAGUGCGGAGGUGAUCGUUUCGGGUUUCCUCGUCAUUUCGGCUUUUUUUCAUUUCUUUUCUGAGAAACGUUCCAUCUUUUUCUCCCUUAUAAAAAAAUUUUCUUUUUGAAAAAUAAUCUUCUUUGGAAAAUAAUUUUUUUUUGAAAAUAAUCUUACGAACAAUAAUUUUUCUUUAGAAAA